CGAGGGACAUACCCAGCCCUAGCAAAACAAAACAAGGACAGAGCUAGCUAAACAAACAGAUAAAACAAACAGGGAACCUUUUUGAAACCUCGAUGUCUGAGUUAGCAAAUCAGCUUCAAAGUUUGAAGGAGCAGAGCAAUAUUGGCAAGCGUGGUACAUUGGCAGGGGACCAGGUUCUAUCUGUGUUCGGGCCUUCGAUUGGGAAUGCUGUGAGCACCCCGCUCAGCCCGAUUAGUACUCUGCGAUGGGGCGAUGUGGUUGAGGAAGGUAUAGAGACAAAUCGGUUCGAAGGAGCCCAAGACAGUCUUCCUCUUACGAGGAUUCGGGGCUUGUCCCAACCUUCCCUUGAGGGCUCCAAACUAGAUAGCGAUAUAGUGAUGACAAAUCUUGAGGGAUUGGAUCUAUCACAAGGGACAACAUCCAGUUGCCUUGAUGCUCUAGGUCUUCAGGAUGUUGAAGUCCUUUUGGUUGAUGAAGUGGACCGGGGUCAGUCUAGUAGAGAGGAUCGUGGAGGGAGAGGUCAUGGUGCUCAUCGUGGCAGUCGUGGAAGAGGUGGUAGGGGAAAUAUGAGUAAUUUUGUUGAUGGGAGACGACCUUUUGGGGCUGUUCCUCAAGGGCCGACAAAAACCUGGGCUGAUGUGGCCAACAUGCCUAGUAGAUCCCCUGUCAAAUUAAGGUAUAUCCCCUCUCCCCUUUCUGAUAACCCUAAUUUGGUGGAACUACCCCCUCGGAAGGAGGACCUAGGUAAGUGGGAAUCCUGUUUCGUUGGGUAUUUCCUUGACAAGAAACUGCCUUAUAACUAUGUCAAAAAUAGUGUCUCAAACCAAUGGAAGAAUUUGGGUCUGAGUGAGGUUUUAGCAAAUGGUGAAGGUUUCAUGUUUUUCUGUUUUGAUAAUGUUGACUCCUGUGAGAGGGUUUUAGAGGGGGGGCCAUGGUAUGUUGGGAACCAGCUUCUCCUCCUUAAGAGAUGGAAGAGAAUGAUGAAGUUAACUAAAGAGUAUAUGUCCCAAAUCCCUGUGUGGGUCAAAUUAUUCCAUGUCCCUAUGGAAUAUUGGGAUUUUGAAGGUCUUAGUAGGAUACCAAGUCUAAUAGGGACCCCUCUUUUUAUGGAUAAUUUAACCUCCUCUGGCACUAGAAUUUCCUUUGCUAGAGUGUGUGUGGAAGUAAAUGUGGAAUCUACACUUCCUCAGAGUUUUUUUGUCAAAUGUGAAGAGGAAGUUGUUGAAAUUAGGGUUGAAUACCAAGGCCUACCUACUAAGUGUGAACAUUGCAAGGUGUUUGGGCAUAACACAAAGAAUUGCAUUACGAACCAAGUUGCCCAACUAGUUCAAAUGCAAAAGCAGUCAGAGAAUGAGAAGGAUGGAGGUUGGCAAACUGUUAAGGCUAAAGGUAAAAAGAAAAUGAGUGAACUUGAGGGUAAUGGAUCUGCUUCUGCACCAAGCCAACAAGACCCGCCUAUUCUGCAAGAGUCACGAGAGCAACCAGUUCUGUCAUCCCACUCUGCUCCUAUUACAGCACAACCUCAACAAGAUCCCCCUCCAAGGGAGAGUCUCAUACCUGGAGUAAACGAAGAAGUUCCACUCAAGGCGCUACAUGAUGAAAUUCUGGGACUGGCACAAGUCCUGAGUCCCAAAGCAAGUCAAAUCAUAGAAGAAGUGAAGAGAGAAGUAAUGGCAGCAAAAAGUCCAAUGGUUAGUAUGGGUACUGAUAUUCAAGAGAAGGAGUAACAUAAUUCUUCAACUU